GGCCGGUAGGUUUCACUUCUGCCGUUGCUCUUCUAUUGUCGACUGUCAAGAUUCCGAUAGGAGGCCUCGACAUAAGAGUGAAAUUCACCUUGAACUCCUUCUUUUCCACCCCGCCAAAAUGCUAUUCAAAACUGGAAUCGAGUUUCCCAGGGAGAUGAGACAGCUAACCAUGUAAUGCCUCGCAUAACUGGUGCGAUGGUGCUCCACAAGAAAAGUUUGAACCCCUCCCAAUGAACGUUGAGGCACUCACAGGCCAAGACUAGAGAGAAUCUCCCGGGGGAAGAGAUCUGAGAAUUGAGAACUUUCUAUAUAAGGUGAAUCCGAACUUAUGGGAUGUUGUGUGGGGAGCUAGGGGGACGUAUUCACCCUCACUUGGAUAUUACCAGUACAAGAAAUCCAUAUUCAACUCUUCUUUCGCUCUACACAAUGGCUGCUAUCACAGCAGAAGAUGAUAUUUAUCUAGAAAAUGGUCUAUUAAGCUAUGAAAAUCCAAACUACCAUUUACCCACUUUGGAUGAUGCAUUAAAUUCGAACACAGAAGUAUCUUCAUACCGCGAGCUUCUUUAUUCUGAACUCGAGACGAUGUGCAGACCAUCCGCUACUACAAAUGGGAGAAAAGCGUAUGCCACGUUAGACAUCGGUUCGAUGGGCGUCGAUCUCAAUACAGGCCCAGUUACAAACCUGGAUACUGAUAACAGUCAGCACAGAAAUAGUUGUCCAGUAAUUCUUGACAACACUUUGGUUGGAAAUGUCAACCGUGGAAAUGUUAGAGCAUUAGAUUUAACAUCCACUCUCCGAACGACAAAACCUGAUUUAAUUGAUCACAGCACUAUCACAACUGAUAGAGAGUUUGAAAAAGACAGCUCGGAAUCACUAGAGAAAAAUGAAUUCGAUUCUCCUACAGAUAGGUCGCCGGAGUCUUCUCUGAGUUUUACUACAGUUGCUAAUGAUUUGCCGCCUGGUUGGGAAAGGCACCAAGAUAAUGAUGGUCCUUACUACUGGCACAUUAAAAGUGGAACGAUUCAGCGGAAUGCCCCUGAAAUAGUCGGCGGGAACAAUGAACCACGAACACCAUUAGUGAAAGAUGCAGAAACGGUUCUUACAAGUUACCAUCAAAAUGGUGGCCUUGGGACUGUGACACGCAGUAACACGAGCUCAGCAUUGGAAGAAAUCGAUUUGAAAAAGAGGGAUGAAAGAAAAGAAGAACUAGCUCUGAAAAGGAGGAGCUUUCCAACUCGCUGUGAGAAGGAGAAAGAAAAGGCGAUUAGGUUUGCCGUGCGAAGCCUCGGUUGGGUGGACAUAUCAGAAUUUGACUUGACACCAGAACGAUCAAGCAAAGCCGUUAAUAGGUGCAUCGUUGAAUUAUCUUUAGGCAAAAAUGGCCUAAUAGACAAUGUUGGACGAUGGGGUGAUGGGAAAGAUUUAUUUAUGGAUUUGGAUGAAGGAGCUCUAAAAUUAAUAGACCCAGAAAAUCUUACAGUCUUAAAUACACAGCCUAUUCAUACCAUCAGGGUUUGGGGAGUGGGGAGAGAUAAUGGAAGAGAAAGAGACUUUGCAUACGUAGCAAGAGAUCGCAUAACACGAAAGCAUAUGUGCCACGUUUUUCGUUGUGACAUGCCAGCUAGAACGAUCGCCAAUACUUUAAGGGACAUUUGCAAGAAAAUAAUGAUCGAGAGAAGCCUUCAACAAAAUUUGGCUAAGCCAAUUGACAUAAACGGUACUGUUGCAAGUAGACCUGCAUUGGCUACAAGGCCUACCAAUUUACCAACUGAACAUAGAAGGUUCCAUCGCAGCAUUCAGACACCGAUUUCACAGUCAUUUCCGACACCUAUGGAGGAACCCAAAAAAAUUCUUCACGCCGAGUAUUUGGGCAAUAUUGAAGUUUCAAAAGCCAGCGGUAUGGACGUAUUAAAUGAUGCUAUAGAUCAGUUGAUGAAUACUGUCCCCAAAUCACAGUGGCAACCGGUCGACAUCGCCAUUGCACCGAGUAUGAUCACUAUUACUACCGUCACAGAUCAGGGGACUGAGAAAAACAUUGCGGAGUGUAGGGUCAGGUACUUAUCAUUCCUGGGAAUCGGCCACAAUGUGAAACAGUGCGCGUUCAUUAUGCACACAGCCCAAGACUUAUUUAUAGCGCACGUAUUCUAUUGUGAACCGUCAUCCGGCGCUUUGUGUAAAACAGUGGAAGCUGCUUGCAAGUUAAGAUACCAAAAAUGUUUAGAUGCUCAUCCCCAAAAUAUAAUGCCAGUUGAAGCAAAAUCACCAAGCAAAGGAAUAGGUGCUACAUUAAAAUCAUUUGUAGGCACUAUUACAGGAAGAAGAACAAAGAAAUCCUGAGAUAAACACUUGUCUCUACAGGAUUUGUGCGCGCCUGUAGAGCGGGAAGUAAUAAAACACAGGCAUCUCCAGAGUCCCCUUGUCAUUUCAACAAGUCUACAAUCUUUACUGUCUCCGACUAUGUCAUAUCAACGGCAGCAUUGGGAUUUCUAAUUUCCGUUGAUAGUUCAUCUUUUAGAAUGCAAAUGUGUUUAUAACGAGAAUAUCUCCUGUGAUGGGGAAUGGUCUUUUGAAGGGAAAAAAAAGAAGAUAUAUAUAAAAAAAAAAUAAGGGGGUUUUCAUUUUUUAUAAUUGCGCAUCCGGUUGUCUAGGAGCUGUUGCUUGUGGUUGAUGUAUUUCUUUAUUGUAAUCUCAUUAAACUUACGUUAGAAAAAUAAUAUGUGUAUAUACUGUAAAAAAGUCUUGUUAAUGUGUAGUUUAAAAAAAAAUAUAUAAAUUUCUAGUAUAAUUUGUUGAUCUAACAUAAAAAUUAUUUGUACAUUAAAGCAAAAUAGAUUUAAAGUCCAUUAUAAAACUUUAUUUGUAGAUAAUUUUGUUGUGUAAGUGCUGGAAUAUAGCAUAGGAUGUGUUUUGAUAAGUUAAUAGCAUUACAUCUUGUGUACGACCUGCCACGGAUUAGAAUUUUAUGUGGAGUGUUAUUAUAAGCAUAGAUCCAUUUUCCGUCACUCGACUGACACAGAUACAUAAAAAUAGCGAUUAUGCUUGUGUACGUGUGUUGGUCGUGGCUUGCAUCGAAGCAUAAGCUUACUUGCAAUAUUGUGUUUUAGUGCUAGUACAUAACAUUAAAUCUUAUGCGAGUGUUAGAUGUCAGCUUGAUGAAAAAUUUUGUAAAGAAUUAGAACCUUUUUUUUUUAAUAUGAUUUUCACUUUUGAAAAGGUUUAUUUUGAGAAAAUGGAAUCGUAAUUAAUAAUUAGGCGACAAAGUUAGACGUUAUAACGUAGUGAAUGUAAAUAUGAUUUUUAUUUAUAAACCUGGUAUUGUAAUUAUUGAAAUUAAUUCGCAGUAAUCGUGUACAAUCAUAAAUGUAUGUGGGCAUCUUAAUUGUACGUUUAUAUUGUUUUUGAGACUUGAGAAUGAUCAGUUUUCCCCUUUAAAACUUGAUUCUCCAACGGUUAAAAAAUGGAUUGUAAAAGACACCAGCUUAAUGUGGAUUGUAAAUUCGAAUGUUUUGAUCCGAAAUAAUGAACCAUUUGAAGUGUGCAAGGAAAAAAGUGUCUGUGGUGUGUCACAAGUUCGGAAAAUAGUUUGAUUUGUUGAAAAAAAAAGUCCCUUUUAACAUGAAAAUAUUUAAUAAAUGUGGCGUGUUCUAGGAGAACAUACUCCAGUAACUCCAGUCGAAAUAUUUAAAAAAUAUCUAACCAAUUGGGAAACUAUAGAAGCCCACCUAGUGUUAAAAACACGGCUGAAUAUAGUUUAAUCCUAAAAUACACUAAAUAAUCACAAUGUAGGAACCUUUGUACACUGACACUUCAUUAUUUUUUACAUUAGUGAUUAUAUUUAUAAACAAAGCUGAUAAUUUUAUGCAUUAUGGCUCUGAACAAAGGCAAAUUUAUAUGAAUUUAUGAUGCCCUAUUUAAAACGAGCAAAGUUUGAACUCUUGAAUUGCAUGCUUCAGGCUGUUAUUGAAAGAAAACAGCACCAUUCUUCCUUUUUUUCGUAUAUAAAAAUUUUUUUCUAAAUUUAUUUACAAUCAUUUAUAAGCUUUAAUAAACAAAAUAUUAUACAGCACUAUUCAAAAAAUAUAUUAAAAACAUAAACCAGAAAAUGUUGUGAACACGAGGUCAAACUGUGCUUUCAAUAUUUUCUGAUUUUUUUUUUUAUCUGUGAUUAUUUUGUAAACAGUGUGUAAUUUUGCAGGACCCUGCAAAUCUUUUAUCGGUCAAAGCUCAAUCUAUAUUUAUUUUGCAUUGCGUGUGUUUGAAAUUUAUUUUAAAAAGUGAACUGAUGUAUAGAUAAAGGUAAUCAAAAUUAUAUAACAAAUAAUAUAUAAAUUACAGUUAUUUUAACCUUUUUUUUAUAGCAAAAUCUCGUUAAAUUAUUUCCAGAAUAUUUUCUAGUACAAUUCUAACAUCGCAAAAAUUUUAAGUACGUUGUGUUGAAUUACAAUGUACACAUUUUUAUUUUAGAACAGAACAGCACAAGAGGAAAAAAAAUCAUCUCUUAUAAACCUAUGUGAUAAUUACACUUUAGUUAAAUGUUACCAUUUUGCUUGAGAAAUCUUAAGAAUUAUUUUAUAACCAGCAGAGAUACUGUAAAUGCUGUCACGGUUUAGCGCCAUCUCGAUAUUAAUUUUCCAGCCUGAAAAUUUAUCGUCCGAUAUAAUUUGGAUGAUUAUUUCAUUUUACUAACAAAUAACCGGUCGAACUAAAACAGAAUUGCAUUUAAAACACCCCUUCAACAUAGUCUUUGUCAUUGAUAAAACUAGUUUAGAUUGUCUACUAGUUUUACAGACCUAAAUUGAAAAAGAUGUAUUUAUAUAUACAUUUUUACAUUUUUUUCUUUACAGAAAUAAAUACAAAUUAAUAAGUGUUAGAAAUGUUGAUAUUUAGAAAUCUGUAAUCGCUUGCAUAUGUUUUUGUUCAACAUAAAAUCAUGUUACUAUUGGUACAUACCGUAAACAGUUAAAUAAUAAACUUUAUUUAUUGUGCAUAUAUUGUCGCUUAGAUUAACUGUUUUCAAUUUAAAACACAAAUCUUAGAUAUAAACAUAAAUAAUUUGCGUGAAUGUUCAAUCUGUUUCUGUAAACUGUAGUAUAACUAUUUCCUUUUUGUUUUGUUUCAGACUCAUAUUUAUGAUUUAAUUCUCUUUC